GAAAAGGAACUCGCGUGCAGUGUUUAUGGCCCUCCGGUUUUCCAACCCGGAAAUGGCAUGCGCUAGGAAUUGACAGCACUCCCGAAGAUGGCGGGGGUGUUUGAGGUGGAGGUUGAUGGUGUAGAACACGAUCAUGGACUUGGACACCACGAUGAACCAAAUCAGGUCGACCUAUCCCAUCUGUCACCGGAGGAGAAGUGGAGGUUGGAGCAUGCCAGGAUGCAUGUGAAACACAAGGGCCAUGAGGCCAUGCACGCUGAGAUGGUGCUUAUCCUCAUUGUCACCCUGGUCAUCGCCCAGCUGGUCCUUGUGCAAUGGAAACAGAGGCACCCCAAGUCCUACAAUCUGGUGACUCUGUUCCAGAUGUGGGUGGUUCCUCUGUACUUCACCACCAAGCUUCACUGGUGGAGGUUUCUGGUCACGUGGUUCAUCUUCUCUGUGGUCACUGCAUACGUUACCUACCGGGCCACACGCAAGCACCUGGAGUGCACCACGCCCAGGCUGGUCUACAAAUGGUUCCUCCUCCUCUACAAGAUCAGCUAUGCUACAGGGAUAGUGGGCUACACUGUCGUCAUGUUUACACUGUUUGGCAUCAACUUGAUAUUUAGAAUCAAGCCAGAGGACGCAAUGGAUUUUGGCGUGUCCUUACUGUUCUAUGGCCUGUACUAUGGCGUCCUGGGUAGGGACUUUGCCGAAAUGUGUGCAGACUUCAUGGCAUCGACAGUGGGGUUCUAUAGUGCGUCUGGAAUGCCCACCAAGCACCUCUCAGACAGUAUCUGCGCUGUGUGUGGCCAGCCCAUACUGGUUGAUGUCAGCGACGAGGGAAUCAUCGAGAACACAUACAGACUAUCCUGCAACCAUGUAUUCCAUGAAUUCUGCAUACGAGGAUGGUGCAUCGUGGGAAAGAAGCAGAUAUGCCCGUACUGCAAAGAGAAGGUGGACCUGAAAAGGAUGUUCAGUAACCCCUGGGAGAGGCCACAUGUCAUGUAUGGACAACUCCUGGACUGGCUCCGCUACCUUGUCGCUUGGCAACCAGUAAUCAUUGGACUUGUGCAAGGCAUCAACUACAUCCUGGGGCUGGAGUGACCUGGGAGAGUGGGGAAGGACACACAAGCCAUAUGGAGAUGGUAGAUAAUGCACUGGCCUGACUAGUAGGCCUCACCAUGGACUUAUAAGAACAUCUAUUAUAAACUGUGUCUGUACAUGUACUAUUUGUAUAUAUGUAUAGGCACAUAGUAUCUGUAUUUUAGAUGUUUUAGAAUUUGACUAGUAACCUGGGUUUGGAUAUCCUUUUUAUUGUAUUUUUGUUUAGUCAAUCAAAACGUUUUAAACAAAUGCAGUGUACAUUUCAUUGCUUAGUAAAAUGGUCCUCAGUUUUUGGAAAUGCUUUUCAAAAGUAAUUUGUCUUAACUUUUGGUUUCUACGGUAAUGAGUGGCUGACACGGCCCAGAUACGUGAGUGGAGCGUUGUAGAAUGCCAGUCUUCGUUUUUUGUGUGUUAAAUCUGUACCUUUUGUUAGUGGAGGUCCUGGUUGAAUGUGGCUGCUUGGGGUGAGGGUUUCUAGUCUCUCAGGAGCACUGGGCUCAAGACAGUGUGUCCUAUCCUACUACAGACUUCAUCUCUUUUAAGAGGGGAACUACAAUAUGUCCCCCUCACGCCUCCCUCAGACGGCUGCUCGUGUCUGUGUUCAGCCCAGAUGACUCUCAAGGAAUAGGUACCGUAAAAGACUAUGCAAAAAGGUGAAUAUAAUUUGAUCAUUUUGGUUGUCUAUUUACUUUUUUGUCAUGUUUUUGUUCUUUUGAUUGUCUGUUAUUAAACGUGACACAGUCAAGAUCAGGUGUAGACAUUACUUAAUUCAGACCAGAUCCACUAGUAUAGACCCUUCAUGACCUGGGGGAUUUUGUGUAUCAUUUCCAGAAUAUUAUACUUCCUGUUCCGUUAAGAUGCAGUAUAGUUCUCGUCAUAUGAAGAAACAUACCAGACUGAUGCCAGUCAUGCCACCCUGGACUAGGAUUGAGUGUGGCCAUUGAAAUAUGACGUUCUUCUUUUAGACUGCUCUUGUGAAGAAUACAGGUAAGCAGUGAAAGUAUGUGUAUUUCACCACAAUAUUUCACAUUUCUUAUGAUUCAUAUCCAUGUGCUAAAUGAGUCGCACUUAAGUCAUAUGGUAGAGGGUAUAUUACACUUGAGAAAUGUGACCUGCAUAUAUCAAAGUAACAUUUGAGGUCAAAAUGUCUAACUAAUUUAAUCUUGAUUGUGUCUGACAUAAAUAUGCUAAAUAACUUGAUAGGGAAUUUCCUUGUGUGUUCUUGGUCAGCGUGGGUGAGUUAAGAGGAAGUAACUGUGCAUAUAUAGUAAGUAAAUGAGACGGUGUUGUUACAACUAGCUUUGUUGACCAACUCGCACAGUAGUCGGACAGAAGCAAGUAUGCAGUUGACGAUUCUUCUCCUAGGUUCCACAGAGGUGCCAUCUCCCAGAAUCCUCCAGCCCCAUAGGUCCAAAAUAAGAGCUGUUCCAGGAGAGCAGUUGAUUAUUGAAUGUAAAGCAGACCCAGGCCUUCCUGAUGACUUUACCCAUGUCUACUGGCUGGUCAACAGAACCUUCCCAGAGGUAGCCUUCACUGAUGGCAGAGUAUCAGAAACAGAGGAAUCAGUAUCAGAGGACGGCAGGGUGAUCCAGAGGAGUCUGGUGUUAAAGAACGUGACUGCAGAGGAUUUUAAGUCCACUUUCACCUGUGUAAUAAGUAGCCUAGCUGGGCUUGACCGAAGGACUGUCACACUGAUGCCCAAUCACAAGGCUAGUUUUCCCUCACUACCUCACGUCCUCUCCCUUCGUCCUUCACUCACUCCCAACUCAAAAUACCAGGGGAGACCGAGAAAGGAAUUGAAGAAGAAACCUAGAAAAAAGGAUCAGGGGAAAAAAGAAAAAAAACACGCUAGCAAGCAAUGAGGUUAGAUGGAUUGUCUUAGUCCAGUACUUAACCCUUGUGUGGGUUAAUGAUACAAUGAGGUUAGAUGGAUUGUCUUAGUCCAGUACUUAACCCUUGUGUGGGUUAAUGAUACAAUGUCAUUGUUUUUUUCAACCUGUUCUUGGCUCAUUUUCUAUGAACAACAUGUAAAAUAACACUUUCAUUGAGUGCACACUGCACCCCCCUACACAUUUAUAUGACAUAUGUGGUGUUCGAAACACUGGACCCGAGGGUAAUAAAAGUGCCUGUCUCCCU